CCCUCUCUCCCCAGGAUGGCGGAGCCUCGCUUCAACAACCCCUACUUCUGGCCGCCCCCCCCCACCAUGCCCAGCCAGCUGGACAACCUGGUCCUGAUCAACAAAAUCAAGGAGCAGUUGAUGGCGGAGAAGAUCCGCCCCCCGCACCUGCCCCCCACCUCGGUGGCCUCCCAGCAGCCCCUCCUGGUGCCCCCGUCGCCCGCCGAGAGCAGCCAGUCCAUCAUGUCCCUGCCAAAGCUGCAGCAGGUGCCGGGGCUGCACCCCCAGGCCGUGCCCCAGCCCGACGUGGCCCUGCAUGCCCGGCACAGCCACCAGCACCGUCACAGGUACCCGUGACAGGUCCCUGCCACAGGUACCGCUGCUGGGUUGGGGCUGGCGUCCCGCGCACCGGCCGUCAGCACCUCGGAGUCCAGCCCAGGAACGGGGACCACCACGCCCUCGACCCCCACCUCCACCAGCCAGAGCCGCCUCAUCGCCUCCUCACCCACCCUAAUCUCAGGAAUCACCAGCCCCCCCCUCCUCGACUCCAUCAAGACAAUCCAGGGCCAUGGCUUGCUGGGAGCACCCAAGGCUGAGCGGGGCCGCAAAAAGAUCAAGGCGGAAAAUCCUUCGGGGCCGCCGGUGCUGGUGGUGCCCUACCCCAUCCUGGCCUCAGGAGAGACGGCCAAAGAGGGGAAGACAUACAGGUGUAAGGUCUGCCCCUUGACGUUCUUCACCAAGUCGGAGAUGCAGAUCCACUCCAAGUCACACACAGAGGCCAAGCCCCACAAGUGCCCCCACUGCUCCAAGUCCUUCGCCAACGCCUCCUACCUGGCCCAGCACCUGCGCAUCCACCUGGGCGUCAAACCCUACCACUGCUCCUACUGCGAGAAGUCCUUCCGCCAGCUGUCCCACCUCCAGCAGCACACCCGAAUCCACACCGGCGACAGACCCUACAAGUGCCCGCACCCCGGCUGCGAGAAGGCCUUCACCCAGCUCUCCAACCUCCAGUCCCACCAGCGCCAGCACAACAAGGACAAGCCCUACAAGUGCCCCAACUGCUACCGGGCGUACACGGACUCGGCCUCACUGCAGAUCCACCUGUCUGCACACGCCAUCAAGCACGCCAAGGCCUAUUGCUGCAGCAUGUGUGGCCGUGCCUACACCUCGGAGACCUAUCUGAUGAAGCACAUGUCCAAACACACGGUGGUGGAGCACCUGGUCAGCCAGCACUCGCCGCAGCGGACGGAGUCGCCCGGCAUUCCCGUACGGAUCUCCCUCAUCUAGGUGGGGAGGGGGACAGGACCCCCCCCAGCACGAGGAGGAGGGAGGAGGAGGAGGAGGUUACCCCCAGUGCCGCGGGCCGUGCCCGGGCCGUGCUCCUGCCUGGUUCCCGCAGGUUUGGUGACAUCCAAAGACGGUUUCAGAGCACUUUGAAUCUCUGCGGUUUGGUUUUCUUUGGGGGGGGGGCAGUAGGGGUGGGGGUGUCCCCCCCCACCAGGCCCCACCUCCCCCAUUUUUGGAUACAAAUAUAUAUAUAUAUAUAUAUAUUUAUUGGCCUAGAACUUGGUGCUGCUAAAAAACCAGAAAUUCACCCCAAAAACGAACCGUGGAUGGAGCAAAACGCAGCUGGGGGAGGGGGGGAAAUCCCACCCCCCCCCCCCCCCCCACAGACUCUGGGCCCAAGCGCCUCCAUUUGGGGUUGAUUUUUAAAUAUUUUGGGGUUUUUUUGUGUUCUUUUGGGGUCGCUUUCAGGGGCGAAGCCGCGGGCAGAGCCGCGUCCCCCUGGGGCCAGACCCCCCCAUUCCGCAGCCCCAGUUUUGGGGGGUUCGGGGGGUCCCCCUGCUUUGCCUUGUGCCUGCGUGUACAUACCCCCUGUAUAGAGCCGGGGGGGGCACUCCCCCCAAACUCAUCUAUAUUCUGUACUUUUUGGUUCAUUUUGGAUAUUAACUGUGUUAUUUUUUAUACACUUUUUAAGCCUUAACUCAGCGUUUCUUUGGGGUUUUUUGUUUUUUUUUCAGGGUGUUUUAUUUACCUUUUAUUAAUUUUUAAUCCCCCCUGUUAUUUUUUACCCCCUCUAUUAUUUUUACCCCCCCAUCCCCUUAUUUUUUACCGCCCCAUUAUUUCCCCCCUCGAUGUUGUACGAUAUCAAUAUUGUAACCUUUUUUGUCAGCAUGUUAAUACUGUGUAAAUACGCCUCUUAUACACUUAGCCCCUCCUUUUUUCUCCCCCUUCCCCCAAAUUUUGGGGUUUUUUUAUUUUCCCUCGCUGCCCAGCCAGGCCAGGCCUCCCUAGGACUAGUUGGUACCUUAUUAAAAAAGGGGAAAAAAAGGAAAAAAAAAAAAAAAGAAAAGAGGAGAAAAUGGA